AAACUGGACGUCGUUCAAUUCGCAGUAGCCAAUGAAGUAAACGUGAACACAGCGCGCCCUUCGUAAAACGCCAUUACCCAUGGCGUUUAUCAUGGAUGAGAUCACCCUCUUGAUCGUCACUGCAUUGUUUUUCGUAUUGCUGGGUGUUGUGGUAAAUUUAUGUUGCAGAAUGCGCAGGAACGAAGGCUCGGUGAUAGCGACGCCCGUUACCAUAAGCACUAAUGUGCCGCAAGUUGGCACCGGUGUGCCUCAAACCGUUUAUUCUCCCCUCCCCGUUGGAACGAUUGUACAAGGACAUAUGACGCGAACGGUCGCCUAUCCUGGCAUGCCAAUGGUUUACCAAUCAGGGCAGCCACAACUUAUAAUCUUGCAGCAGAAUCCGCUUCAGGGAUACGUGCAGCAUUAUUCGCUCCAGCAGUCGACUGCACCGGUUACUGCAAUGCCGAAUGUUUCACCCGUUAAGCAUCCUGCAAUGCCAUCGUAACACAUUCGACACGUGCCUUGAGACCACACUAACAAAGUGCCUUACUAACGGAAAGGAAGAGAUAAAGUUUGCAUGUUGAGGGCACCCAACAAUCGACGAAUUUGUAAGGAUAGUGCUACCUCAGGUGGACGAAAUUUCAGCAGCAGUUCUUGUUCGUACGAAACAAAAAUGAUCGAGCCGAAGUCGAAGGCUUGGUGCAGCAUUGUCUGCCGUAACGUUCAGCGCUAUGUUCGUUUGAACAGGGCCAAACAUUAUUUUUAUCGAACGAUAAAAUAAAUGAUAUAUUAAAACGCUUCUUGCCAUAG